GAGUGACCUUCAAGUGCUCAGCCUCUCCAUAAGCCAUUUGUGCCGCUAUCCACUAUCGUUCGGCUUGAUUUAUCUUGCCCAAUAAGGAUUCCGAUAUGGUUGUCACGGAACCAAAAGAUGAUGUGGACCUUUCCACAACUUUGGAGAUGUUGUGCGCACCUAAAAAGCUGGAUCGUGAAAAAGGGGAAGAACGCUUGAAUACCAUGUCACUGAGUGUUGACGAGGUGAAGUUAGUGUCUUGUUGGAUAGAGGAAAAGUUGGAAGGACUUUCUAACUGGGAAGAUGUAUUUGGCGGGAUCACUGCAGCCAUUAUUCUGAUUCGUAAUGUGGAUUAUAACUUGCUCGUUGAUAUCGGCCUUAUAAAUAAGUUAGAAAAUCAGGUGAUUGAAUGCCAUGAGAACAUUGAGUUUCGUGUUCGAAUAGCUGCAGGUCAGCUAAUGGGUUCUCUUUGCUUACGCACCGGAUUACCUCUAUUUCUUCGCUACUUACCUGCUGUGAUUCAAGGUAUCAUCACUAAUUUAGAAAGAAAUACCGAAGCUGCCGUCUCUGAGGCUGAGUUGUCCAUGAAAGAACUGGAUAUGGCCAAAGAACGCGAUGUUGGUCUAAGCAGGAGUUCUUUGUCUAUUUUUCAUGAUACCGCUGGCUGGAAAAACCUGGAAACCUGGAUGAAAUGUUUGCAAGAAAUGGUGUGUAACCUUCCAGCAGAUGACUUUGUUAAAGUGGAUAGAACUGAAAUUGUAGAGAUAAUCUUUACAGCUGUUCAACACGUGAAUCGCUUUGUUCGUGAAACAGGCUAUGAUGUGUUGUGCACAAUGAUUUCACGAAAUGUAUGCUAUAAAGGACCCGAAUCAAAUGAGGCUAACUAUAUCAAAGUCGCUUCUCAGUUGGUCCAGGGUUUAUCAGAUAAUUGGAGCCAAGUUCGAAUGGCCGCUUCAAGAGCAGUGCGAACAUUUUUCGAGGUUAAUCCACCUCCUGGGUAUUCAAGAGACGACGUCUAUCCUAUACUUUUGCCGGCUAUGUGUUUGAAUAGAUAUUACGUCGCCGAAGGUGUUCGAAUCUACAGUCAGGAUACAUGGUGUCGUGUAACCCAGGGAGAAGGUCGGAAGCUGCUUGGUCAGUUUUUGUCUCCAGCUGUUGACUACUAUAUUAAGCAAAGUGAUGCUGAUAAUCAUGCAGUUCGUGAAGCUGCUUGUGCUUCUAUGGCUGAAAUUGUAAUGAAACUGGAUCCACAAUUACUACUUCCGUUUGUUGAUAAACUCUUAAAUGCCCUAUUGGUAUGCUUUGGUGAUGAAAGUUGGCCAGUAAGAGACGCUGCUUGCGUUGCACUGGGCACUUUAAUUUCUAUUUUUCCUAAUGAAACCCGAGCUGCUGGACAUAACGACUUAAUGGCUGAAUACUUCUUGCGUAAUCUUGGUGACAGUAUUCCUUCUGUACGACAUGGUGCUGCAGCAUCUAUUGCUCAAAUUUUGAAGUCAGUCAAUGAUGACCAGACUUUAACAAAUCUGUAUAUCAAUUAUAUUAGUGAGAAAAUCGAUGGUCUAAGCAAGCAGCCUAAGGAAUCUCAUGGUGCAGAGUCUCGUCGUCUAUCUGGCAAAGGACCUGGUGCUUCUCAUGUCACUGUCCAUAGUGGAGAUGCUGCUCAUGACAGUCGUCAUACUAAUCAAGUCAUGUAUUCUUGUGGGUCACUGGCACCUAAAUUGCAAAAAGGCGAUAUGAAGACUGCUGUGUUAUGCUGAAUUCAUCAAACGGGAGGCGGGUGGUCUUUAAAGUUCAACUUAUAGUUUCUGCCAUUCUCAGGUAGGUACACCUAAGUAUUGGAAGACCUCUAUGUCGAAAUACCUUUUUUAUCAUACCUCGCAUUCUGAAAAGAAUAAAGGGCCUCAAGCUUUGAAGAUUCACUUGUGGAAAUGUUGUUCUUCUGGCUAGGAUUGCCAGCCUUACGCUCACUCUUAAGUCUUUUCCGGGUGAACUACCGGCUACACUAUAUUUUUUGGUGAUUUUGAGUACUUUGCAACCAGCAAUUCAUUUUUUGACAGUUAUUUGAAAUGUAUGGUUUGAAUCUCAUUUAUUUGGUUAAUCACUGAAAUGCAACCGAUGUUGAACAAUGUAAUGCACUUUUAAGCAAUCUUAUGCGAUUGGUAUACUGGUUGUCCCCAACAAGGCGUGUUUUCAACCUAAAGAAAAUUAGAUUCCUUUCAGGAGCAUUCAAAUUUCUCCUCAUAGAGUACUGUCAUCUUAGGCGUUAAAAGAAAACCAGGAAGGCUUCGUGUGCUUUUGGAAGUGUGUGUGGGCGGUUGUUACUUCCCGGCUGCCCACAC